CAAGAAGAACAAACCUCCUCUUGUUUCUUCAGCUGUGACCGUUACGUUUUUAGGUUAGAACGCGACUAUUCAGAGAAUUUAUAUUGUGCUGGAAAAUCAUCGAGUGAAAGUACUUACUGGUUGGAAUUUCGAUGGAGCAAAGGGCUGACAAUAUCACUCCCGAGCGCUCUAAAACAGUCAGUAUUCUCGAAAACGUCUCGUGAAAAAUUUCAGCUGUGAUUUCGGUUGUUCAACGGAUGAUUUUCUUGCGUCGACGCUUCUCGGACAAAAAAAUAUCAAAAGUGGAAUUCACAGGAUUCCAUAUAUGUUGAAGAUAUCCACACAUCUCUGAGUAUCAAAUAUUUUAUUGAAAAACAAAGAAAAUAUAACAACUAUGGCGGACGAAGAAGGCACAGAGUGGCUUCAAGAAUUACUUCACGAUGUGCAGCUUUCCCAGUUCUUCACGAGAAUUCGAGACGAUCUGCAGAUCACUCGUCUGCAUCACUUUGAUUACGUUCAAGCGGAGGAUUUAGAGAAGAUUGGUCUGGGCAAGCCUGGCGUCAGACGUCUACAGGAUGCGGUGAAGAAGAAACGAAAUGCUCAGUGGAAAAAGAAUUUAAUUACUAAAAUUAAACCUGGUGGUAGCGGUAAAAAUAACAAGCGAUUCUCACAGCCCAUUGAAGCUUCCUCAGUGCUAACAUGUCUCAUACAAGACAAAGAUGUGACACUAUCUGUUAAAUUGGGCGACGGAAGUUUUGGUGUGGUAAGAAGAGGAGAGUGGACUUCUCCCUCGGGACGAACUCUACCCGUCGCUGUAAAGGUUCUCAAAGCGGAUGCUCUUACUCAGCCAAAUGUAAUAGAGGACUUUGUCUCAGAAGUUCAGGCAAUGCAUACUUUGGAUCAUCAUAAUCUCAUUAGGUUGUACGGCGUGGUGCUAUCGCAGCCGAUGAUGAUGGUGACCGAACUUGCGCCCUUAGGCGCACUACUUGACUACCUGCGACAGCAAUGCGGCAGAAUCUCAAUUCUCACGCUCUGUAAUUACGCACUGCAGGUUGCCACAGGUAUGGCGUAUUUAGAAGCAAAGCGCUUUCUUCAUCGCGAUUUAGCAUGCAGAAAUGUCUUGUUAAGUACUAUUGACAAGAUCAAAAUUGGCGACUUUGGUUUAAUGAGAGCGCUUCCUCAACAGGAAGAUUGCUAUGUCAUGACGGAACAUAAAAAAGUACCUUUUCCCUGGUGUGCACCCGAAUCCCUCAAGGCUCGUCACUUUAGUCAUGCGUCGGACGUCUGGAUGUUCGGUGUGACGCUGUGGGAGAUGCUGACUUUUGGCGAGGAGCCUUGGUUAGGCUUGAAUGGCUCUGAGAUCUUGCGUAAAAUUGAUCGUGAAGGUGAGCGACUUUACGAACCAGAAGCAAUGCCGCCGUACAUGUACAAGUUAAUGCUUCAUUGCUGGGCGAGAGAACCCUCAGAGAGACCAACUUUUGCAUCGUUGAAGGAAUCGUUGACCGGCAUGGUGCCAUCCGUAAUGAAAGCUUUGACCGCUUUUGAAGAGACUGGCAAGAUGUCGAUUGAACCCGGAGAUCAGAUUGUGAUCAUUGACGGACGAUCCGAGAACUAUUGGUGGAAGGGUCAGAAUCAGCGAACUUUUCAAAUAGGACAUUUUCCGCGUUGUCUGGUCGAUCCGAUGCGUCGAAAGCAGCCAGAGGAUAUCAGCAAACCAUUGGAGAACUCUUUUAUUCAUACGGGACAUGGAGCGCCCUUUGGCAAGAGCUGGGGCAGCCCCGUUUACAUCGACGAUGUAUAUUUAAGAAACCCAAUGGAUCCUCCUGAUGUGUUGGUAGCAGCUGCAGUUGAUAAUCAAACGAAAAAAAAAUUUCCUUGUGGCACUCCGCGUACCAGAAAACAAUUCAAUUAUACAAAAUUACACAACGAUGCCAGGUCGAGUCCUAUCAGGGUCUUACAUGCGUCAUCGGCCUCUACUAGUCAGGAGGAUACCUUGAUCGAUUUAUGUGCCGAGGAAUCUGCGAUUGUGCACGAUCAGAAGGUCGCUUGUAAGCGCGUGGUUAAUAUUUUGGAUGAACUUAUUGAUGACGAGACAGUCUCUUGGCAAGAUAAGGAAAGCAGAACAUAUGUCAAUUUUCCUGAUAACAUGCAUUCCGCGUAUUCCGAUCCCUUUGAUACUUCUGCGAUAUUUAUGAAGCCGCCACAUUCACGAUAUUAUAGUCAUGUGCCUACCGAUGCCGCUAAUCACUAUCUGAAGACACAGACGUAUGGAAAUGUGAAUGAUCAGGAAGGAGGUGAUAACGCUCGAAAUACUGUGAAUUCUUUCAUCCUUGAUUCUACUGAUACAGAGGAAACUCAACAAUACUCGAUGAAUUUGAACAAGGAAUACCAACAAGAUGGAUUAAAUUUGAACAUAAAUGUGGGAGGUGACGAUGUUACGAAUCAUUAUAGUGAAAUAGAUAAGAUUAGCCCAUCUGGAUCGAACUGGUCUACUUGGCCAGAGGAUCUACGAAAUACUUCUACCGCACAGACAUAUGUUAAUGUUUCCAACAAUAGAUCCACAUCAUUGUUUUCUGUUCCUACUUCGUCUUCUCCGCCUCCUCCUCCUUCUCUCGGUCCAAACGUGAGCCCGCCGAAACUUAAGUCCAAUUGUGAGUUUAUACAGAGCAUGAACGAUUUAUCCUUGAACGCUAUUCCCGAUCAUCAAGAGGUUGCUGCUGUUGUGAAGAAGCUGGAUCCAGUCUUUUUGGCCGAGUUGGAGAAGCAUUUGGGUGAAAAGGAGGCGACCAAGAACACGAAUGCCAGCAACGAAAAACAUCAGCAAUCGGAAAUUGUUUCUGCGAAUUAUCUGCAUUACUCGUCAUUGCAGAAACUGCAACAGAAUUCGAUGUUUAUUCAACAGUUUUCAACGACGGAGGACGCUGUCAAGCCUGUAUCGAUUAUUCCGGCAUUGAAGCCUCCACCGCAGGGAAAACCGAAAUCGCCAAUAGCAACAAUGGAUCGUCGAACAAACACUUCAUCGAUAUCAUUGGACAACAUGCAGAACUCUUGGAAACCGAAAAGUACAAAUAUUAAAAAACCGGGGUUCCAGAAUGACCAAAGCGUAUCGAAAUUGACCACUGAGACUAUAGUGAGCCAAAUUUGGCAACAAACGCAAGCUCUGUCUCAGCAGCCGGUUUGCCUUGCCAAUUUGGCUUCUAACCAAAUAUUGAUGCCCGUUUCAGUGACUCAAGCAAGCGUUAAUCGGUUUCAAGAGAGCGCUAGCAAUAAUGCUUCCGAUAGUAGUGUAAGUGAUCAAAAUCAGUGUGGCUCCUGCGAUAUUAUCAAAGCGACUACUUGUUUACAAACACAAACUUGUUCAUUGAAUCAGAAUUAUUCUCAAAACACGUUGGCUAAUCACGAUAAUAUCAAUUUGCUCGAAGGAACCUCUGAUAACAUUACCGAUGGUAACGCGACUGAAACUCAACACGGAUCUUGCAACGUUGCCAAGGCUAUGUUCAACCAAACACAAGUAUGCUCGUCGAAUAAUCAGAGUUAUCUUCAGAAUUCAUUGGGCAUUGAUCAAGAUGUUUUCAAUUUGCAACAGGUUGCUAUUAAUAAAGUUGCCUCUAAUGCCAAAAAAUAUUCUCAAUGCGAUGAUACUAGUAUUCCUAAAGCAAGUCAAAUACAGGCUUGUUCGUUAACCAACGGGAGCCAGAAUCAUUUUCACAAUAUUGGUUUUAAUUCACUUCAAGCGACCGCCGAUCAUAUCUCUGAUAAAAACAUGAGCGAUUUCUCCCAGCACGGGCAUUGCAAUAUCUCUAAGGCUGCUUCUAAUCAAACACAGAUUUAUUCGUCCAGUCAGAAUUAUGCACCGAGUGUGGCACCGGUUUUUCGUCCAAGCAACUUUGCAUCGCCUCAAACUUGUUUUCAAAGCGCAACCAUGUUGUUCAGCACAAGUAAUACUUACGGAAUUACUCAUAUACAGAACGAUUUGCAGCAAUCACCACAUUUGAAGCCUACUACACUCUUAUCUGAACAAGUGUACGCCGAAUUGCGCCAAACGGUUCCUAAUCUAGAGCAGCUGUCACAAAACGAAUUUAAUACACUCUACAAUAAAACUGUUCGUCAGAACAUUCUCCGAAAUUAUUAUUCUAAUAAUUUGAGCAGUGAGCCCAGUCAAAAUUACGCUCAGAUUGCUGACAACCAACAGCAACAAAAGAGUAUCAUCGACAAGAAUCAAUCUGUUCAAGAAUACGAUUGCGACUUUAGCUCUUAUCUGAAACAGCCGCCGACUUAUAAUCCUCCGCCACCUCCUCCUUCGACUCGAAGCCUGCUUAAUUCUGGUCAGAACGAUUAUGUACAGAGUCCCGCAAGCAAGUGUAACCUGAGUGGACUCUCCAAUUCACUACAAGCUGAGGCUUCUACGUCGACUAGAAAUGCAUUAACGACGCUGAAUGAUUUUGCUGCUGCUAAGGUGAAUCUGUUACAAAUAAAUCAACACUCAAUUGGCACUAGUCCACCACUCACCGCAGCCUCUCAGCAAUUGGUGAUGUCAUUGAAUGACGAAUUUAGAGCUAGUAAAGUUAUGAAGGUGCAGAAAGAGACUACAGACGCAUCGCAGCAGGAGAUAUUAGCCGCGCUACAGGCAACUGGUUGGGACACGAAUCAAGCCACUAAGCAAAUUACAAAGGACAGGCAGGCCAAACUUGAGAGUCUUAUGAAAUUGGAAUUGGCUACUAAACAACAAUGCGAGGACGUUCUAAAACAGACCAAGUACGACGUGGAAGUAGCAGCUUCGUUGUUACUUGAUCAGGUCAGAUGAGAAAUGACUGCAGUUGAUCUCCCGAUGUCUUCUAUGAUACAACUGUAAUUCAUGCGUGUUUAUUUAUAAAUAAAAGUUACGAAAGAAACAACCGAUUAUGCUCAAGAAAUGAAGAUUGAAGAUAACUGCGAAGAUAAUUGUGAACGAAUUCUCAUUCUGUUCAUAAUUUACAGCUGGACAGUGUUAGCUAUUGAGACGAAACAAAAACUGUUAUUGCGUAUAAUUAAUAGUGAUACUGAUAAAGAUAUCUCCAAUGACAUUACUUUUAAGACGUAACGAAUAUAGUUCUAAAACUGUGAUAUGUUAUUGGUUUUUAUCUGGAUUUCAUCCUACAAAUGAACUUCUAUGAUUUUCGCAAUAAGAAAUUGCGUUUUGAGAUUAAGAAGUAUAAUAUCUAAUUAUGUACAAAAAGCAUACGCUUCCCUUUCUCUUUUGCUCUUCUCCUCCUCUCCCUGAAUAAUUAAUUUAAUUUUCAAGAUGUAUUACACUUAUUUUUAAAAUAAUGAAAAAAUUAUAAUAAAAAGAAGUAUUCUAAA